CAGAAGUCCAGAGGGAUCAGGUCUAAAUACACUGUUGCUCUCAUCCAGUUUUCCCUCUCUUUGGACCUCGGAUACAUGUGCUUGCCGUGAUGUUGGGAGCCAGGCUGUCCGUGCUUACUGCCUGCCUCGGUUGCCUGCUCUGGGCCUGUGGAUAUGGACAGGACACACAGCUUUUCUGUGAUGACAAACUGGUCGAGGAAGCAGUGGAUUCAGCCUUGGUAAAAUUCAAUGGGAUGCUAACCUCGGGAUAUCAGCUCUCUCUUUAUCAAAUUCUUGAAGCCAAGAAGGUUGAGAAUGAGACAGGCACAGAUCUGGCACUGCGUUUCACCAGCAGGCUAUCAGAUUGUCCAGUAGGGGGAGACAAAGCAUGGAGAGACUGUGAAUAUAUUCCAUUUGGUGAUGAGAGCCCCAGAACUUGUAAAGCGAAUGUAUUUGUGACAAAGGGAAGUUCAGAUGUCCAUUUAGUUGACUGUGCUUUUGAGCCUACAGUUACUUUUGUGCGAGGCCCUUGCCUUGGUUGUCCAGUCUCAAUUGAUCUGGAGAGUGAGGACUUGAAAGAGCCAUUGAGGUUCUCUAUUGGACAAGCAAAUAAUGCACAUAAUGAAGUCAAUCUCUUAAUACUCAAAGAUCUUGUCUCUGCCUCAAGACAGGUGGUAGCUGGAUUCAGGUACCAAUUGAGAUUUAAUAUGCAGAGUAGUAACUGCACCAAAGACGAGUUUAAGGAGGUGACAGAAGAAUGCCAUCCACAUGAAAAACCGACAUUUGUGAGAUGUAAUUCCACUGUUGACGUGGCUCCAUGGCGUCAUGAAGUGCCAGAUGGAAAUGUCCACUGUGAACUUGGUCAAUUUAUGGUUACCACGAGGAGAAGACCUCCAGGAUGGACUCCACUGAGGACCUUUGAGGACCCUUCCCAGAUUAAUGAGCCUCUCCAGACAACUGGGUCUCCCAAGAAGGAGUCUUCAGAGGAGGAACAGGACAUGGCAUCAUCAGCCAGCCCGACAUCAAAUCCGGAGAUCACUGCAACUCCAAUCACCACGACUCCUAUGCCUCAAUCCUCCAGCACCCAGAAACCUUUCAAUUGUCCCUCAAAACCCUGGAAGCAGUUUCUUCCACAGACAAUUAGGCCUACCUCAAAACCAGAGUCAACUGGGCUAUUCACUGAUGCAGAUUUGUCAGGCUUGUAAGAGGUUGUUGGUGGUAACAAGCAAAAAUGUAACUUGUGUGCUCUUAUUUGAGAAAUGCUAAAUAAAGUAUUGAUUUAUUUCACAACAUAA